UCUCAUUUGUUGACAGGAAGCGUGUAAAGAGGAACCGCUACUACCCAGCUCAAGCUUUGAAUCAAGUUACAUCUAAUAAAGCGAGAUUUUCACAAACCCCUCACUCGGCGUGUGGAGGAAAAGAAUGUGUUUUAACAUCGUCCCGGGGCAAAGAUGCAAUGGAGGUCAUUAGUUGUGGGGCUAGUCGUUUUGAGACUGUCUCUCAGCUGUUUGCUGUGGCUAACGUUUGGACUGGGACCAGGCGUCAGUUUCGGAUUUAACUUUCAUCUAACUUUUAAUUUGCACAAACUGGACUUAUUAUUUCGUGAAGAAAAAGAUGUUGAGUCCAAAGGUAAGACUUGGUCUCAACAAAUACAAGGGAAGAAAUAUGAAGAGACGGCAAGUACCUGCGCUCAGGCGGGACAGCAGCCCAAACCGCCACGGUCCUACCUGGGACUGUUCCAGGGCAGACAGGACGAGUACGUCCGCAGAUACAGCUCGUUCCCGAACUCUCUCAAGACAAAGAUGAAGGACAUGGCCAGAGACAUGUUCUAUUUCGGAUAUGACAAUUACAUGAAAUAUGCUUUUCCCAAGGACGAGCUCAACCCCAUAGACUGUGAAGGCAGGGGACCUGACGUGCUGAACCCGUCAAACAUCAACAUUAAUGAUGUUUUGGGGAAUUAUUCACUCACAUUGAUAGACACCCUUGACACUCUUUUGGUCCUUGGCAAUGUUUCAGAGUUCCAAAAAGCUGUGAAGCUGGUGAUAGAUACAGUGUCAUUUGACAAGGACUCGACGGUUCAAGUAUUUGAAGCAAACAUCAGGAUUUUAGGCAGCCUGAUCUCGGCACACAUCCUCCUGACCGACCCCAAGCACCCAUUUGGAGAGGUGGGCUUUGAGGACUAUAAUAAUGAACUACUGCAUUUGGCUCAUGACUUGGCUGUACGUCUGCUCCCAGCCUUUGAGAACACAAACACUGGCAUUCCUUAUCCCAGGGUGAACUUGAAGACUGGAGUCCCCCCUGACAGCAUUAAUGAGACCUGCACUGCUGGGGCUGGCUCUUUGCUGGUGGAGUUUGGGAUUUUGAGUCGACUUAUUGGAGAUUCGACAUUUGAGUGGGUUGCCAGACGAGCUGUCAGAGCUCUGUGGAAGCUACGGAGCAACGAAACUGGUUUGUUAGGUAAUGUAGUGAAUAUCCAGACAGGACAGUGGGUUGGGAAGCAGAGCGGCCUUGGAGCAGGGAUGGACUCCUUCUAUGAGUAUUUACUGAAGUCAUACAUCCUUUUUGGGGAAAAGGAGGACUACAGGAUGUUCCAGUCUGCUUAUGAGAGCAUCCAGAACCAUAUGAGGAGAGGUCGUGAGUCGUGUAAUGAGGGAGAGGGAGACCCGCCUCUAUAUGUUAACGUCAACAUGUUCAACGGUGAAAUCAUGAACACUUGGAUCGAUUCCCUCCAGGCCUUUUUCCCGGGACUGCAGGUGUUGAAUGGAGAUGUGGAUAAUGCCAUUUGUCUGCAUGCAUUCUACUAUGCCAUAUGGAAGCGCUUUGGGGCCCUACCAGAGAGGUACAACUGGCAGCUGCAGGCGCCUGACGUGCUCUUCUACCCCCUGAGGCCUGAACUGGUUGAGUCCACCUACCUGCUCUAUCAGGCAACCAAAAAUCCUUUUUAUUUACAUGUUGGUAUGGAUAUUCUUCAGAGCCUUGAGAAAAAUGCCAAAGUCAGGUGUGGGUAUGCCACUCUUCACCACGUUGUUGACAAAUCAAAAGAAGAUCGGAUGGAGAGCUUCUUUCUCAGUGAAACGUGCAAAUACCUUUAUCUGCUGUUUGAUGAGGAGAACCCCCUGCAUAGGUCUGAUAAUAAAUACAUCUUCACCACAGAGGGACACGUGGUGCCCAUCGACAAGCGUUUCAGGGAGAGACAGUGGAGCGACCUGGGGCCCUGUGAAGAUGGAGCCCUGAGCGAGACAGGGCCGGUCACAUGGCAGCACAGCAACACCAGCAACUGUGACAGAAUACCAGAGGAGCGACGCUAUGCCCUUCCUUUGAAGAGUGUGUACAUGAGGCAGAUUGACCACAUGGUGGGGUUGUUUUAAAAACCAUAAAUCACCUCACCUCAGAAAAGAACAAAAAUAAUAGAACAAGGUUAGAAGGGAACUGUGACAACAUUCUGUACCUGGUCUGCUGCUUGUGAUUCACUCAAGAAAUAUUAUCAAGUCCUGGCCUUGUCAUCCAAACCUUAACACUUUUUGGGGCGAAGUAGGUCUUUAAAGAUGAGCUGUGUAACUUUUCUGUGGGUGAUCUUCCACCUGCUUUUCUUCAAACUAAUCAUAUUGCUUUGUUUGGAAUGUUCUACAGUAUGGCAUUACAAGUCUCCAACUCAAUGGAGACAUGCAGAUGAUGAUAUUUUUUUUUUUUUAAGUAUUUUUUAAAUUUCUCAAUUAAAGUACUUCUUAUUGAAUUAAUGCAAUAACCGCUCCAUGGAGAUGCAGGGACCCCCACCAGGAAAGUUACAUGAACUUUAAAUUUGUAUACCUCCCAAUUUUAGUAAGUUGUCUUCCUUUCAAUAACAGUCCUGCUAAACCAUCAGAGCUGUAGGUUUAGUAUUGGUUUUAGUUUAGUAAAGUUUACUUAUUGGAAUUUACAUUGCAUAAACUUCGCCCCAAAAGAGGACCAGACUAAUUGCUGGCUGGCCAGGCAAUAGGAAUACCUGAGAAACUAUUUAGAUUUGAGUGUGUGUUUGAGUAUUUAAUUUUGCUGCAGGUCAAUGGGUGAAUGAGUGAAAGACUUUUUAUUACAUUUGUAUUUUGUGUGAAUGUAUCAUUAUUAUUUUUGAACAAUGGAAACAGUGCCAAUAAGCAACAUUAAACAUUUAGUGGCCACUUUAUUAGAUACAUCACCGACCAGUGACGUGUGAAUUCAGUGAAAACUGUUCUCAACGGGUGCCUAGUGUCUCUUCAAAAACAAAAGUGCAUAAACUGGGGAUUCCAAAACCAAAUUGUGCAUAGAAUUGACUUUUAAUAAUGUAUUAUUUAAGUAUAACUUAAGUUUUACCAGGUUUAAACCAGGUCUAAACCACAUCUAAACCAAGUCUAAGCCAGGUCUAAACCACAUCUAAACCAAGUUUAAACCACGUCUAAACCAAGUCUAAACCAGAUCUAAACCAGGUCUAAACUCGGUCUAAACUGGGUCUAAAACAGAUUUAAAUCAAGACUAAAGAAAAGUGUAAACUAGGUGUAAACCAGUACUAAACCAGGAUUAAACUGGCAUUAAGCACUGUCUCUAAAAACUAAAUCAUCAAUGUGACAAUGUGAGUACCGCCAGCGGUCCCUGGACCACAGUUUGAGAACCAUUGUGUUAUAGAAAAAGGGCUGCAAUAAACUGGACAAGGCCUAUGCACCAUUUCCAUAACCCAGGUUGUAUUGUACUGUCAGUGUCUCAGUAGAAAUGUAUUGGUUUGGAUUUCUUUUUUUCUACCAUUUUAACUUGGUAAUUCGUUAAUAGCCAGUAAUGUUUUUAGGCUAUAGGCAUGUAGGCAUCUUGCUUCUUAUCAUAUAGCUGCGCUUCAACAAAUUUAAUAUUAUGGAUUUUUCUUAUUUUUAUUGAUCUAUUAUGAUCAAUAACCCAAAAUGCCCAAUAGAUCCUUCUACUAGAUUUUCCUUUUUAUCUACAUUCAAUCACUAAUUUAUCUACAAUCACUAACACUAUGUGAAUAAAAUAUUGCCUGGGAUCCAGAAUGCAUACUUCUCCAAUACUUCACAUACAGAUGUGAGUCUGGUCACUGUUAAAUCUCCCUGAGUUCAGAUGGGUGAGAUUCACUGCAGGGAUACACAUGGUCCAACUGUUUCAAAACAAAUAUGAGUACUUAUGAUGAAAAAAAAAGGGGUAAAAAUACCACUGGUAGUUAAAAAAAACUUUGCAGAUUUCUGUGACAGUGUGACAGAGGACCACAAUAAUACCGGUCUAUAAAAAUACAGAGAGAGAUGUUCCCAAAAUAUUGCAGUUUGUUGAUGUAGCGCUGCAGAAGAAGCAAACAGCUCUUACUUUAUUUGCUGUAUUUUAAAGUGCCUUCAAACUUUUUUUUAUUUUUUUAAUUUUUGUUAAAAGCCAUUGAUGUUGCACACAAUGUUGUUCGAUGUGUCGUGUCAGUUAAUACACAGACUUCUUUAAGUUAACAAAACAAACUAAUCUGUAAUCUGAAAUUUCCUUUUUGGAUUUGCUCUCAGAUUUUCUCUUCAGUUUUGCACAAUCUUUUUUCAUGUAUACUCAGGGCAGACCAAAUCUAACUCUUCUUUAUUGCCAAAAUGACCAUAUAUAUUUUUGGUCUGAUUGAAAUGACUGCUUUGACUUGAGGUACUCUGAAUGUCAAAAAUUGUUUCUUGUCAGGUUGAUUACAUUUGGUUAAUAGUUCUUUCUACAGAUCCUACCCGUUCUACACAAUAUAGUUUCAUUUAGCUAUGGAAAACCAUUGUCUUAAGUCUUGAUUUAAAAAUGUCUCAGGUUUUCUUAAAUCUGUGCAACAUUAGUUUUAUUGAAAUAGGGCUAAAAUUUGUAUUAAUAAAACAAAUUCUGAACAAGA